GUUUGCUUGUAUUGGAAUCCUAAGUGAGGUGAAAUUCUGGUUGCUGGUGGUGGGACAAGGCAUGCUAUGUUUGGUGCUGCUGGGAGUUGGAUGAAUUCAGUGGAGUGUUAUAAUGUUGAGAAGGAUGAGUGUAUUGCUUUGGAUGGGUUACCUAGAUGUCGUGCUGGAUGUGUUGUUUUUUUGGCCGGAAAGGGAGAAGAACUGGAGUUCCAGGUUAUUGGUGGAUAUGGUGAAUCUAGAACUGUUUCUGGAAUUUUUCAUGUGGAUGAAUAUUAUGGAGAUGGAGUAAUCUUAGAAUUGAAGAAUUUCGGGAAACUUGGAAAUAUUGCUGUUGUGGAUGGUGAUAUGCCAAUGGUUUUCAUGCUUGCAUUUUCAGAUAUGAUAGUUCUUCAAAUAGAUGGGUGAAAGAGUCUAGCGUACCAAGGAAAUACCAAAUUGACUCGUGUUUGCGAUUUGCUGCAUUAGAUGGAGAAGUGCAUGUUAUGUCCUCAUUGAAGUCAUUGGAACCCCCAAAAAACCGAAGGCAACGUCACCACAAGAAAUGUGCAACACUUUUCAUUCAAACUUACGGCCGUAAGAAGAGAAUGGAGAUCUCUGACAACAAAGACACCUUUCCAAUCCUCCUUGGACUUCAAUACAGGAGUAGUGUGUAAAAUCCAACUCUACCACCUACCACAUCUCACUCAUUUAGCUGCCAGUAUUUACAGCAGUCAUAAACCUUUGGUCUUAAUCAGCAAUUAAUCUAGAUUUGUUCAUGAAUUGUGUAGCUCCCAUUAAUCUUGUGUUCAUCUUGCUAUUGUUAUCGUCAAUUUACAGAAUAUGUUAAAUAGAUCCAGUCACUAGAAUGCUAGUACAUACAUAAUAUUAUAUUUUCUCUGUA